ACGGGCCAGUCGAGGUGGUGGGAGCAGGAGAUCCCCAUGGAGGGAGCAAUCGCCAAGGGGGAGCUGAUCACCCACAACCUGACGGAGCUCAUCAAGCCCGAGGCCUACCUGGUCCGCCUCACCCCCAUCACACGCUUCGGAGAGGGAGACUCCACAGACAGAAUCAUCAGAUACAGUGGUAAGCGGAAAUCAUUCUCAGUCUAGUUGAACUGUACAGUAUGGCUGUGUAUACUCACAAUUUUGUUUUGUAGUAUACAAACGUACUUGACCCUCAGCAUUGUUCAGACUGUAUUUUAUUCUUCAGUAGGGACUAGCAUGGCCUUGUAUGCGCACAAUUGUGUAUUGCAUUAUUGUAGUUGCAUAUUGUAUUGUAUAUUGUUGUAUAUUGUAUGUGACCCUCAGCAUUGUACUGUAAAGACAGAAUGUUCUACAGUAAGGAUUAGCGCCAUAUGUAACAUGGACAUAAUGUUCUAUGUAGAACAGGGGUGUCAAACAUACGGCAGGGUGGUUUGGUGGGGAAAACAAACUCAAUAUACUUUAAAAUGACCAAAACCAAAUCCGUGUCGAAAUGAUAAUGGACCUACAUUCACACAGUUUCUUGAAUGUGUCCAGCUCGCUAAUAAUCAACUAAAGGAAAGACGGACAGUCAGUGAGCAUAGAAAAUUCCAAAAAUAAUGGAUAGAGGACUGUUUUUGAAAUCUAGAUGGCGAGGAAAUGUAACACAUUUUCAGUGCGGCCCUCCGGACCUCAUUGAAGACCAAAUGCGUACCUGGGAGUAAAAUGAGUUUGACACCCCUGAUGUAGACUGUUAGCAUCUAGGUCCUAUCCUAGCCCUAUAUGGAUUUUGUCAUAAUUACACAGUCAUGUAAACAUGGCUUGAAGAAAAUAUCACUGUAAGAGCGAUUUAGACGCUGUCAUAUUUUGUGAGUAUUUAUAUGGUAAUAGGGACCCCUACUGGUUAGGAAAAUAUAAUUAGAUAGGUCACUGACUGAGGAAGUAAAGCACAGAGAGAUAUGCAUUUUUUUUUUUGGGGGGGGGGCAGUGAUCAUUUCUCAUUCAGAGAUUCAGGCAAAAUUACAUCAAAACUUUCAGCAAUUCAACUUAGUCAUCAAAAAGUGCCAUUAUCACCGCUGACGGGGCAGACAGCCUUAAAAGUAUCAGGAGCCAUCCAUUAAGGAUUUCAGCCGAGGUUACAGACUUAAAGGAUUUUGAAUGAAAUGCAAUUUUAAUGUAGUUGGAGGGUGGACUUUAAUUGCGUAUCUGUUAUUACUGGUCUUUAUGUAGACAAGGUUCCACAUCAGAGAAUAAUCAUUGUCUAUUUAACUAGUGUUUCUCUAUCUUUCACUCUCAUUUACUGUUUUGUCUCAAUCCAUUUUGGUACAUUCUUACAAAGGGAAUGAAAAGAGUCACAGAAAAUGUCUGUCCAAUGCACCUGUUCAACAAAUUAACUCCUUUCAAGACUGGACAACAGGCUGCGGAAUUAGAAUGACAGCCUGAGCGUUGCUUCAAUGCUUCAACAACACCAACACAGUUGGAAGCCCUUGUAGUGCAACACUACAACACAAGAAACAAUACUGUCCAGGUUUUGAGUCCUCUUUCUCCCAGACAUGAAUAGCCUAGCCUGGGUCUAUGCUAGCUCCACCCUUUGAAAUCCACGCCUGGUACAAACCUACAGCUGUCAGCCCUAGCAUGUGAAGUAUGCAUGCAUGCACGCAGCCAGCCAAACCCACCCCAUAGAAACACAAAAUUACAGUCUGGUGGCGAGCUGCUCUGACUAGCAAACAAAACACAACAGUUCACUGACCUUCUGCACUAAUUAGAUGCUUCCAGCCUAUUUUCUCUAAUUAUGUGUUCUCUGCGCCCAGGUUAGGUGAGGUAAUAGCAGCACUAGAAUGCAUUGCACUCCAUCCACCCAUCUAUUAUCCUGUUUUUAGGGGGAGUAUGCUAUAUGUUCCAUUUCAGAGGUCUGAAACUCCCGGCCCUUGGCCCAAAUCAGGCCCAGAGGUGCUUAUUAGUGGCCCGCAGGCCUGUAGUUUGAGACGAUGCUGUAUGCUGUAUCCAUGUUAUGGUUGUUGCCCAUACUGACAGGCACGCCUGACUUGACAUUUAAACCUCUACUCUCCGGUCUCCUCUCAACAGUGUUUAAGGUCCCAUGUGACCAUAGGUUGUGGUGCAACAACGACAUCAGGACUCGAAAGGUCGCCGUUGAUGCAGUGACACACUUAACUUAUCGGUGUACAGUUUUAAGCCCAUGGGAAAGCACAUUUUACUGUAUUCAGGAAUGUCUAUACUGUGUAUACAGUAAUGACCAGUAUGAGACCCUUAUACUCCUCAUAAAAUUAUUUAGGCUACAUUAAACUCACCAACUGCAAUUUAUACAACCACUAAGGACAUCGUGGUAAAAGAGAAUGUUUGUAAGUGAACAUCCCUCACUCCCCUAUUAAGACUGACCUUUGACUUAUUGAGAUAAAUAUUCAUCUUUGAAUGUGCUUGUUGGUUCUCCUUUCAAUGAGUUUCUCUCAUAGAGCUAUAAAGCCGGCAGUUACAACCUGUGGCAAAGGUUGAGUUGUGUUUGUUAAUCAAGAUUUGCAAUGGCUGCAGUUCAAAUGUAUGCUUGGAUGGUGCCAGACAAAUUGGCAAGCAAAUGGGGAAAACUGUAAUUGCUCAGUCAUCUCAUAUCAUAAAAUAAAAGGGAUGCUCAACACACACACACACACACACACACACACACACACACACACACACACACACACACACACACACACACACACUAAAUGCCUGUGGAUAACAUUUAUUUUAAUAUGAGAGAAAACAUUCUUACACAUGAUUGUUCACAUAAGAUGAUACCGUGACCUGAAAUAUUGAGAAAUAUAUUUUCGUGUUUUUGCCCAGUGAUACAACAUUGUACUUCAAUGAUUUACAGAUUAUCUGACAACCAACAGAUGAUUCCUCCAAAUCUAUCUGACCUGAAACGAUUAAUCUCCCUCUGCAUGAGUUGUAUCAAGAUUACACAAAGCACACUAACCUCAAAUAACACAUUUUUGCAUAUUUGUAAAUGUUAUAAACCAGAACCUGGAUACUGUUUAAUCACUACUGUCUGAGGAGUGCCUUGAAGUACUUUUGGUUACACAUUAUACCGGUGUAGCAAGACUUUACACUGUAAUUACCCUUAUAACAACAUUGUAUUAACUUGUUAUUAUAUUAUACAUUAGUAACUGCAUUUUAAUUGCAUGAGGAAAUAUCAAUGAGCUCCUCCAAAGGGCACCUUCAAACUUAUUCCCAAACUUGUUCCCAAACUUUCCUGCCUUUGUUUAUUCCUUGACACUGUACGCAGGCUCUUAAACUAAGACAUUAUACUGAGCUUGAUGACAAAACCAUUAGUUGGCUUAGCACCAGAUAGACUACUGCUGUACAAACGUUAUAUACCAUUUUAGUUGUAUAUCACCGGGCAGAGCUUAAGUUGCUGUAAUCAUAGAUCAGAAACAUUGCUUGGUGAAGGGGGCCUUUGAAAGCAAGCUAAACAGGGAAAUUAUUGCAAGUAGCCUAUAUAGGGAAUACAGCAAUGAACUAUUGCACUGUUCAUUUUCUGUCAUUUGAUGGGAAGAUGAAUGGACCCCAGAUUCAUUGUCUUAUAUCAGAUAGCGCUUAGAAGAAGAUGGCGCCGGAGUAGAUGGCUGCCUGUUUUACGGCCCUCUAACCAAUUGUACUAUUAUGUGUGUUUUUUCACCUUUAUUUGUAAUUUAUUCUGUACAUAAUGUUUCUGCCACCAAAAGAGCUAUGACCAAAAAGAGCUUCUGGAUAUCAAGACUGCGAUUACUCACCUCGUAUUGGACAAAGAUUUUUUCUUCAACGAGUCAGACGCGAAGGAUAUUCUACAGACACCCGACAAGGCCCAAAUCCCCGUCAUUCGCAUGAGAAAGAGACGGAGAUAUCGUGGACAGAGGUCGAGGUGCCUUGUAAGGAUCCGACGGCGAGCGAGUAAACUGCCUCUUCCAUCAAUCCUAUUAGCCAACGUUCAAUCAUUUGAAAAUAAAUUGGACGACCUAAGAUUACGGAUAUCCUACCAACAGGACAUUAAAAACGUUAAUAUCUUAUGUUUCACCGGGUCGUGGCUUAACGACGACAUGGAUAACAGCUUGCAGGAUAUACACUACAGGCAGGAUAGAACGGCUGACUCCGGUAAGACAAGGGGUGGCGGUCUGUAUAUAUUUAUUUGUAAACAACAGCUGGUGCAUAAAAUCUAAUACUAAGGAAGUCUCAAGGUUUUGCUCGCCUGAGGUAAAGUAUCUCAUGAUAAGCUGUAGACCACACUAUUUACCAAGAGAGUUUUCAUCUAUAUUUUUCGUAGCUGUCUAUUUACCACCACAAACCGAUGCUGGCACUAAGAUUGCACUCAAUGAGCUGUAAAAGGCCGUAAGCAAACAGGAAAACGCUCAUCCUAGUGACCGGGGACUUUAAUGCAAGGAAACUUAAAUCCGUUCUACCUCAUUUCUAUCAGCAUGUUAAAUGUGCAACCAGAGAGAAAAACUUUAGACCACAUUUACUCCACACACAGAGACACGUACAAAGCUCUCCCUCGCCCUCCAUUUGGCAAAUCUGACCAUAACUCUAUCCUCCUGAUUCCUGCUUAUAAGCAAGAACUAAAGCAGGAAGCACCAGUGACUCUGUUUAUAAGGAAGUGGUCAGAUGACGCAGAUGCUAAGCUACAGGACUGUUUUGCUAGCACAGACUGGAAUAUGUUCCGGGAUUCUUCCGAUAGCAUUGAGGAGUACACCACAUCAGUCACUGGCUUCAUCAAUAAGUGCAUCGAUGACGUCGUCCCCACAGUGACCGUACGUACAUACCCCAACCAGAAGCCAUGGAUUACAGGCAACAUCUGCACUGAGCUAAAGGGUAGAGGUGCCGCUUUCAAGGAGCGGGACUCUAACCGGGACGCUUAUAAGAAAUCCCACUAUGCCCUCCGACGAACCAUCAAACGGGCAAAGAGUCAAUACAGGUUGAAUCGUACUACACCGGCUCCGAUGCUCGUCGGAUGUGGCAGGGCUUGCAAACUAUUACAGACACAAAAGGGAAGCACAGCCGCGAGCUGCCCAGUGACACAAGCCUACCAGACGAGCUAAAUCACUUAAUAAUAAUAAUAUGCCAUUUAGCAGACGCUUUUAUCCAAAGCGACUUACAGUCGUGCGUGCAUACAUUUUUGUGUAUGGGUGGUCCCAGGGAUCGAACCCACUACCUUGGCGUUACAAGCGCCGUGCUCUACCAGCUGAGCUACAGAGGACUCACUUCGAAGCAAGCAACACUGAAGCAUGCAUGAGAGCAUCAGCUGUUCCGGAUGACUAUGUGAUCACACUCUCCGUAGCCAAUGUGAGUAAGACUUUAAGCAGGUCAACAUUCACAAGGCCAGACUGAUUUCCAGGACGUGUACUGACGAACUGGCAAGUGUCUUCACUGACAUUUUAAACAUGUCCCUGAUGGAGUCUGUAAUACCAACAUGUUUCAAGCAGACCACUAUAGUCCCUGUGCCCAAGAACACUAAGAUAACCUGCCUAAAUGACUACCGACCCGUAGCACUCACGUAUGUAGCCAUGAAGUGCUUUGAAAGGCUGGUCAUGGCUCACAUCAACACCAUUAUCCCAGAAUCCCUAGACCCACUCUAAUUUGCAUACCGCCCCAACAGAUCCACAGAUGAUGCAAUCUCUAUUGCACUCCACACUGUGCUUUCCCACCUGGAAAAAAAGGAACACCUACGUCAGAAUGCUAUUCAUUGACUACAGCUCAGCGUUCAACACCAUAGUGCCCUCAAAGCUCAUCACUAAGCUAAGGACCCUGGGACUUAAUACCUCCCUUUGCAACUGGAUCCUGGACUUCCUGACGGGCCGGCCCCAGGUGGUACGGGUAGGUAACAACACAUCUGCCAAGCUGAUCCUCAACACAGGGGCCCCUCAGGGGUGCGUGCUCAGUCCCCUCCUAUACUGCCUGUUCGCCCAUGACUGCAUGGCCAGGCACGACUCCAACACCAUCAUUAAGUUUGCCGACGAUACAACAGUGGUAGGCCUGAUCGUCGACAACGAUGAGACAGCCUAUAGGGAGGAGGUCAGAGACCUGCCAUGUGUUGCCAGGAUAACAAGCUCUCCCUCAACGUGAUCAAGACAAAGGAGAUGAUUGUGUACUACAGGAAAAGAAAGAGGACUGAGCACGCCCCCAUUCUCAUCGACGGGGCUGUACUGGAACAGGUUGAGAGCUUUAAGUUCCUUGGUGUCCACAUCACCAACAAACUAUCAUGGUCCAAACACACCAAGACAGUCGUGAAGAGGGCACGACAAAGCAUAUUCCCACUCAGGAGACUGAAAAGAUUUGGCAUGGGUCCUCAGAUCCUCAAACAGUUCUACAGCUGCACCAUCGAGAGCAUCCUGACUGGUUGCAUCACCGCCUGGUAUGGCAACUGCUCUGCCUCUGACUUCAAGGCACUACAUAGGAUAGUGCGUACAGCCCAGUACGUCACUGGGGCCAAGCUUCCUGCCAUCCAGGACCUCUAUACCAGGCGGUGUCAGAGGCAGUCCCUAAAAAUUGUCAACGACUCCAGCCACCCUAGUCAUAGACUGUUCUCUCUGCUACCGCACGGCAAGCGAUACCGGAGCUUCUUCUUAACAGCUUCUACCCCCAAGCCAUAAGACUCCUGAACAGCUAAUCAAAUGGCUACCCAGACUAUUUGCAUUGUCCCACCCCCACCCCCUCUUUUACGCUGCUGCUACUCUCUGUUUAUUAUCUAUGCAUAGUCACUUUAACUAUACCUGGAUUUAACUAAACAUGUACAUAUUACCUCGACUAACCAGUACCCCCACACAUUGACUCUGUACUGAUACCCCCUGUAUAUAGCCUCGCUACUGUUAUUUCUACUAUUAUUUUACUACUUUUAUUUUUCACUUAUCUAUUGUUUAGUUAACACAUAUUUUUCUUAAAACUGCAUUGUUCGUUAAGGGCUACUCUCUGCUACUACACGGCAAGCGGUACCAGAGUGCCAAUUCUAGGUCCAAAAGGCUUCUUAUCAGCUUCUACCCCCAAGCCAUAAGACUCCUGAACAGCUAAUCAUGGCUACCCAGACUAUUUGCAUUGUCCACCCCACCCCACCCCCUCUUUUACGCUGCUGCUACGCUGUUUAUUUUCUAUGCAUAGUCACUUUAACUCUACCCACAUGUACAUAUUACCUCAAUUACCUCGACUAACCGGUGCCCCCGCACAUUGACUCUGUACCGGUAUCCCCUGGAUAUAGCCUCCCUAAUGUUAUUUUAUUUUACUGCUGCUCUUUAAUUAUUUGCUUCUUUUUUUUUUACUUAACACUAUUUUUUUUUUUUUUUUUUUAAAGCUGCAUUGUUGGUUAAGGGCUGUGGCAAAUAAAAUUUGAUUUGAUUCUGCCAGUAUUUCUGGAGUUUGAAAAUGUGCAUGACAACUAACAUUUUAGUCAUUUGGCAGACACUCUUAUCCAGAGCAAUUAGAGUUAAAUGCCUUGCUCAAGGGCACAUCGACAGAUUUUUCACCUAGUCGGCUCAGGGAUUAGAACCAACGACCUUUCGGUUACUGGCACUAUGCUCUUAACCACUAAGCUACCUGCCGCCCCAAUAGUAAUAGGAAGCUAACCUAGUGCACACACUCAAUGCUGAACACCAAACACUUCCUCCAUAAGCUAGCUAGCAAGCUACUUUAGCAACAUUAUUUCAUCACAAUAAAUUCGUUUUUAAGAAGCUGCUAGCGCAGCCUGUUCUGCCACGAGUCAGUAGCUUCCCGUCAGCUCAGCUGCUGCUGCUCUGCUCAGCUGACCCCAACGUGAUUGGUUGCUAAUAAUUUUAGCAGCACCUAGUCACAACUUUGUUGUGCACCGCAUAGGAGUGAUGCGAUCUGACAUAAGACAAUGCCCCAGAUUGUUAUUGCUCUGUGAAAGCAUUUAGCUAGCCUAAGUGCAGGUAUUACGAUAAGGGCUUGUGUAAUAAGCCUAAAAUGAACUGACCUUGGAUUCUGUAUUUUCUAACUGUAAGAAGAUGAUGAGCAUUAUCCUGGUGCCAGAUCUGUUUGUGUUCAUAGGACUUGGCAAGACAGCACAAACAGGUCUGGGACCUGGCUAGUUGAGCAUUAUUUCUCGCAGAAAUAUACUGUAGUACAGUGGUUUGCGUUUAGUGUUGUUAGAUGAGUGUAGAUAAUUAUCAUGUAUGACUGGAGGCAAUUGCUCAGAAAUGUGUUGAGAUCUGAUUCUGGCGUCCCAUAUAUGUACAGUAGCAUACUAGCAUUGCACCUUUCGAUUCUAACUGUGUCCUCUGGAUAACAGCAUUCAAGGCCCGAGGACAUGCCAGGGCAGCCACUUCAGUUUGAUUCACUGGAUCAUCUUUCGUAACCACAAGUGUUGGUGUUAGAGUUACUGUAUGUAUUUUUCUUGGAGCAACUUUGGCCUUGUAUUUACUUCUUGCACACUAAAUUGUACAGCAGCUGUUUGAUAAAGAAAACAAGGAUAUUCAGACGGUCUCCUGAAGUGACGCCUACAAGAGAAAAGCAGAAUGUACAAAAACAUGUAUUUUUUAUGUAGGCUUACGAAAACGUGUAGUCUAUCCUACACGAUGAGGAAAAGAGAAAUGCACCAAUUUGAAUGUGUAUUUAAUGAUGUUGACUACCUUUUUAUGCGUUUUUUCACCGUCGCCUCCCUGCCUAUUGCCUCCUACAUCCCGCCCUGCCUCUGUAGCCCUAGUUGUGGUCUUGCUGCACCGAGUGCACAGAGGCUAUCAAUUAGUGUCAGUGCUAAUGUAGAGCAUGUUUCCAAACUAGCAGCAUCUGCUCCUCUCCACCAAGGCGACCUCCUCCUCCUCACUCAAUUUGGAAACAGCUGUGUGGUUUAGUAGUGGGGGAAAUGGAACCUCCCGAUGCAUAAUUGGCUUCUAUAUUGCAGCUCGGAAAGGGGAAAAACUAUGUAAAAAACGGGCAAAUAAUGAACAUCUGAUGCGAUUCGCCACUAAACCUCCCACCCACCCCUCCAUAUUAUACAGUUGCCCAAAUUAAAAUAAUUUGAUGCAGGCGCAUGCAUUUUCAUAUUUUAAUCCUCAAUCUGAAAUCAAUCAAUUGGCGGUUCUCUUUACAAUGGGAUAAUUUCUCAGCUAUUUUUUUGUACAGACUUCAUUUUAAUAAUAGCAGCUUCUUCCCUUGAACAUCUGCAGUUGUUUUGUUUUUCAAAUGUGUUAUAUUUUUUGCAUUCUGAUAAUUCAUCAUUAGUCUAUUCAAUGGGCCUCUGGCUGCACUUCUCUUGGGCCGCACUGAUCUGUUACACUACCAAAUGGACACACUGUUUACUCUAGUGCAGAUGGCUCACCAUGAAAGUUUACAGCCUGAAUACAUCUCACCAACUCCUACUGUGCUUGAAGAAUGCUUUCUCUACAGAUUAGGCUCUGGGAGUUGAUUGGUUGAAAUUGGGAUCAAUUUCAGGUCAACUAUCUCCGCGGCACAUUGUUGCGAAACCUCUACCUAGCAUGCAGUUCUGCCCUCAUUGGGAUUCCGGAAGGACUCAGCCGCUGAUCCUGGCGAGCACAGAUAGGGAAGGUGGUGAAUUAAAUUAAGAAAGAUGCAGGUCUGUAUGGUUCACCUGAGCAUUGUGCUUCCUCUCUUCCAUUAGCCCUCUGCAGUAUAUAAGCCCUCUCUCUCUCCGGAUGAUAAGAGAGAGUGAUGGCACCUCACUACUCCCUAGUACUUUGCUGCAAAUUCGACUGCAGGGACAAACAAAGUAGUUCUUCAUUUUUAUAUUUAAAUCUUAAACGCAGGCAUUCCUUUCAGAAGUUUGAACACCUAAAUGAUUUAAGUCUCAUGUUUUUUCUUUCAGCUCCAGCCAACCCUCACUUGAGUAAGUAUCACUCCUAUGAAUGCUAUGACUCCCUUGGGCAGUUUGAUCCAAAUAUUUAAUAAGCCAAGCAAAAUGAUUUAGUUAACACAGGCCAUAGAUAAAUAAAAAGAAGUGAAGAGUUUUAAUAUGUAAUACACAGUUCAUUAAUGUUAAUCAUCAAUUGCAAUACACAGGUCCUUAAUGUCAAAAAAUUAUGACCUAUUAAUACAUUCUUCAUAAUGCAUUUUAAGCCCCUUUUGUAAUCUGUUUGAAAAUGCAUAACGUCUAUUUUUCCUGACCUUCAUGUACAGUAGCAUCUAAAUGUCUUCUCUGUGUGUCUUCCCCACCAGGAGAGUUCCAGUGCAGCUUUGAAGAUGAGGCCGUGUGUAUGUUCACCCAGGACAAGACGGAUGACUUUGACUGGACCCGACACAGCGCUGCCACCAGAGACACCAAGUACACGCCCAACACCGGGCCUAGCAGUGACCGAGCGGGCUCCAAGCAAGGUUAGCACACACACAAAUACACACACAUACACACAUACACCUUCCCACGCAUGCACACUCUUACCCAACCAAACACAACACUGGGCUCUAUAUCUUUCAACUAAUUUCUCCAUUCUGUUCUGCUCUCAUGUAGUGGACAAUGAUGGGAUGACAUAUCAGGAAGUCGAUUGGUUAUUGCAAAAUCACGUUGCUGAUCAUUUGCAACUAACGUUGGCACUUUCUCUAAUCUGAUCGCCAAAUCUAUAAUUGUUGUUUGACAUUUCUAAGGGACGAUGGAUACAAAUGGACUGGCUGACACCAGACCAUGUGGUACAAUCAAGCUUUUAACUCUCAUUGAGUCCCACACCACGUUAAGGGUAGUUUUUGCUUAGUUUUGAGUGAUCGCGCUGAUUGGUUAUCACACACAACAGUUGUAAAGCAAGGGGGGCGGUACUCAGUAGCUGAGUGUGUGGGUGUUUAGUGUGUAAGAGAGACACAGUGGAGAGCCAUCCACUAUAAAAGCACAGCCCCCUUCAUUAUCGACGUGUCGUGCCUACAUCAUCAAAGAGCCUCCCCCAGACUCUGGAGUCAGCCUCAGUCUGUCGCUUUAGCCAUGCAAGUAUACAAGGGCAUUUAUGUGGAAAACAUUUCAAGGACAUUUAUGCAAGUGCAUUGAUAAAUGGAAACCGGAUUUGAAACAAUGUUUGAAAUGUACUUAGUAUUCUCUACAUCAGUGGUCACCAACCGGUCGAUCACGAUCCUUCAAGGCUCGAUCACCAAAUAUUUCUGUAGAAAAGCCAACAAUAAAGGCUUGCGCUCUAUUUUUUAUUUAUUCGUGUUGCACUGUUGGCGGUAGGUGCACUUGAUUCAGAAGCCCUUUUGGCGGUAGGUGCACUUGAUUCAGCAGCACUGUUGGCGGUAGGUGCACUUGAUUCAGAAGCCCUGAGCACCGUGUAGGCAAAGUGUUCCCAUUUUGAAUCAUUUCAUUUGUCUGAAAAGAAAAACUCUGCCUACCCAGCGGACCGGGAGAUCUGUGGCUAAAUCGAGUGAACGGUCAUCCAACUCGGAAUUCCAACUCGGAAACUCAGGCAUCUUUCUAGAGCUCCAACUUUCCGACCUGAAGAUCACUGACGUCAUGAUUUGACCUCGUUUUUUUCGAGUUCCCAGACUAUCAGAUGCAGGUACCAUCAGUCCAGUAAAAUAAAAAAGCGAAUUAUUUGCAAAAUAUAAAAAUGUAUGCUCAGCUGUGCCUCGCAAGUGCUACACCAACUGGUCUAUUUUGUUAUAAAAGCUCAAGUUUUUAAAUAUUAUAUGGUCUGAGAAGAACAAUAUUGGCAGGCAUAUAGCCAAUAUGCUGUGAUAAUGUAUUAGGCCUACUGCACAAACUUAAUUCCUACAGAACUGUUUUUAAUUAGGUUAAUGUUACAUUUUUUAAGUCAGGCCCUGUGUAGCUCAGUUGGUAGAGCAUGGCGUUUGCAACGCCAGGGUUAUGGGUUCGAUUCCCACGGGGGGCCAGUAUGAAAAUGUAUGCACUCACUAACUGUUAGUCGCUCUGGAUAAGAGUGUCUGCUAAAUGAGUAAAAAAUUAUUAUUAUUUUUUUAAAUCUGAGCGGUAGAUCUCAGCUUGCUUUUUGACUGUGAACGUGAUCUUGUCUCAGAAAAGGUUGGUGACCACUGCUCUACAUGUUAGCUGUGUCAUUCCACCAAUUCAGUGCCUUUUGUGAAGUGUAACUUGGACAUUUCACCUUAUUUUAAUAUUCUGUCAUAAAGAACGAGUUUUUCCAUCCCAAGAGUUUAAAAAAAUAUAUACUAUAGUAAGUGCCUAUUAAGUGCCAAAUAAAGUAACACGGUUGACCGUAACCGGGUUGACGAUUUCUUCUUAAAUCAGUCAUAAAUCCCAUUGUGACAGGGGGAAUGGAAGCUUGUUGUGUGCAACAGGGAGUGGCAAUUGAAUGCAAGCUUGACAAAAAAUGUUUUAUUGUUAAAACAUUUCUAACCUGUCUAUCUAUGGGUAACAGGGUUGAUGUGCUAUGCUCGACCCACUCAGUUUUCCACCACAAAAGACCAGAAAAUGGCUAUGAACCAGCUCACCUGCUUUUACUAGGAUUUGAUUAUUACAUGUUCAAUGUUUCUUUAUAAUAGUUUCAGCAUAUUAACAUGAGAGUUAAGUUCACGUAACAGGGUUGACCUUAAAAUCAGGGACAGACGUACACUACCAGUCAAAAGUUUGGACACCCUUUCAAAAGUUUGGAGCACCCUUUGCCUUGAUGACAACUUUGCACACUCAACCAGCUUCAUGAGGUAGUCACCUGGAAUGCAUUUCAAUUAACAGGUGUGCCUUCUUAAAAGUUCAUUUGUGGAAUUUCUGCCUAUCAGUUGUGUUGUGACAUGGUAGGGGGGUAUACAGAAGCAAGAACAGCUCAAAUAAGGAAAGAGAAACGACAGUUCAUCAUUACUUUAAGACAUGAAGGUCAGUCAUUGCGGAAAAUUUCAAGAACUUUGAAAGUUUCUUCAAGUGCAGUCGCAAAAACCAUCAGGCGCUAUGAUGAAACUGGCUCUCAUGAGGACCCCCACAUGAAUGGAAGACCCAGAGUUACCUCUGCUGCAGAGGAUAAGUUCAUUAGAGUUACCAGCCUCAAAAUUGCAGCCCAAAUAAAUGCUUAGUGAGGGUGAACGGAUGAUCUCAGCAUGUGUAGUUCCCACUGUAAAGCAUGGAGGAGGAGGUGUUAUGGUGUGGGUGUGCUUUGCUGGUGACACUGUCUGUGAUGUAUUUAGAAUUCAAGGCACACUUAACCAGCAUGGCUACCACAGCAUUCUGCAGCGAUACGCCAUCCCAUCUGGUUUGGGCUUAGUGGGACUAUCAUUUGUUUCUCAACAGGACAAUGACCCAACACACCUCCAGGCUGUGUAAGGGCUAUUUGAUCAAGAAGGAGAGUGAUGGAGUGCUGCAUCAGAUGACCUGGCCUCCACAAUCCCCCGAUCUCAACACGAUUGAGAUGGUUUGGGAUGAGUCGGACCGCAGAGUGAAGGAAAAGCAGCCAACAAGUGCUCAGCAUAUGUGGGAACUCCUUCAAGACUGUUGGAAAAGCAUUCCAGGUGAAUCUGGUUGAGAGAAUGCCAAGAGUGUGCAAAGCUGUCAUCAAGGCAAAGGGUGACUAUUUGAAGAAUCUCAAAUAUAAAAUAUAUUUUGAUUUGUUUAACACUUUUUUGGUUACUACAUGAUUCCAAAUGUGUUCUUUCAUAGUUUUGAUGUCUUCAUUAUUAUUCUACAAUGUAGAAAAUAGUAAAAAUAAAGAACAACCCUUGAAUGAGUAGGUGUGUCCAAACUUGUGACUGGCACUGUAAAUGAAUCACUAAUCACAUGAAAUAAAAAAUGAUCUUCAGAAAUGACUUUGUCAAAGCAACAAAAUAACUACGGCUUUACAAUGAUAGUGAAACUUGGAGAAGUUUUGGGAGUAGGUGGGUUAAAAUCUUCCUAGAAGUGACACUGACAGGGUUGACGGAGGGACAUGAGAAAAUGUUGAAUUUAGCAAGCCUUUAUUAAAAUAUUAAAAUUAUUUAUUGAAUUCUCCGGUCUAGCAGAAGGCUAGUAAAUACACAGAGGUAGCUACACAAUUGCAAUCAGUUAACCCCAGUCAUGACCCUUGCAAAAGAAGGUAACACUUAGCCAACAGGUAUAUGAUGCAGUUAUAAUGCUUUGUAAGACUUGUCAUGCAUGUGAUAUGUUAGUAUUCUUUGCAGUUUCCAGUUGUACUUUUAUUUUCUGGAAUUGGGUAUGCUCCCCUGCUGUAUAGUACCACCUCAUCUGCCCCCAUCUCCUCCUCCUCCUACUCCUCCUCCUCCUGCUCUGUCUCUAUAGGGUGUGUGUGAGCCGUGAUAGACAUCUGCAGCGCCGCGGGCAGCAUUGUGAAAUAUGAGUGUCAGUCACUACCUGCCCAUCGACAACCGCCUGAGGGAGCUAGCAGUAGCCAUUCCUCCAAAGUAGAAUCUCCUGCAAUUCCAUCCAUUCGUUAAAUGCCAAAAGCCCCAGCCGUUAAAAUAAACCAAUUAAUUGGUAGGACUCCUCGGGAUACAUUUGUUUAAGUGUUUUAGGGCCUGUUACGGUGGAUAAUGUCAUAAAUAAUGCAUUGCUUUUAAUUAUCCAAAGCAUUGCAAUGAAACACGUGGCUCACAGUUUCCCAUUCCGUUUAUUGUUUUUCUUUCAGUUCAAGUCAUCUGCUUUUUGAAUUCCCGACAUAACUUGCUCUAAGAAGAUGAAACUCUUUUUAUCUGAUUGGUAUCCACGGAGCAAGCCAGUUUUAUGGAUUUAUGCAAGUGCAUUGAUAAAUGGAAAUGGACACAAUUUCAACUUUUCAUCUCCCUCAAGGUCAGACAGAAAAUUGCAGUGCAGUGUUCAGAAAACUCUCCCGAUACCACAACAGUUUAUGGACUGCUAACGGCAUGUACCUUAGCUACAAUCUUGUAGCAGUUGUUAUAGGUAGAGAGAUUAACUCUGCCGUUUGAUUUAGAAUUCUAAUGGUCUCUCAAUUGCUAGAGAUCCUGGUUCGAAUCCAGGCUCUGUCGUAGCCGGCCGCGACCGGGAGACCCAUGGGGCGGCGCACAAUUGGCCCAGCGUCGUCCAGGGUUGGUAGAGCAUGGCGUUUGCAAUGCCAGGGUUGUGGGUUCGAUAAAAUAAUGUAUGUGCUAACUGUAAGUCGCUCUGGAUAAGAGCGUCUGCUAAAUGACUAAAAUGUAAAAAUGUAAAUGUAAUUGCAGUGGAACACCAUCACAUCAGACCUGGGUACAAAAAGGAUUUGUUUUCAUUCAAAUAAUUGUAUCUUUAACUGUGUUUGCCUGGCACAAUGGCACCAAUAAUCCCAAAAGUGCAAAGCCAGCCCUUUUGGCACUUGAGGCAGACUUAAUUAUAUGCUCAAAGCAUUUGAAAGAAGACAUACUAUUUGAAUCCAGGACGGAAUCACACUACCAUGACAGAGAGAGAGAGAGUUACUAUUUUUUUUUUUUUACAUAAAGUAUGAUGUAAUGUUUAAUUAGUGUUGUUGUUUUCAUAUCAUAUGGGUUUCUACAUGGACAUUGAUUGUUGUUGUUUUUCCAAUAUACAGGUUUCUACAUGUACAUUGAAACGUCUCGACCUCGGCUGGAGGGAGAAAAGGCCCGACUGUUGACCCCCACGUUCAACGUCGCCCCCAAAAGCCCCUAUGGGACUGUGAACGCCGCUCCCACCUACUGCUUUGGCUUCUACUACCAUAUGUAUGGGAAACACAUAGGUAAGCUGCCCCUAGUGAAGGGAUCAUCAACUAUAUUCAGCCGGGGGCCGUUUUUUUCUUUUUUUCUUGAGCAGAUGGGGCCGGAAUAUAAUUACAAAUAAUUUGUAGACUGCAAAUUGACCGCAAGAAGUCCAAACAUAUAUAAUAUUUGACUGAAACAUAAUAACUUCAAACCUUGCUUACAUUUGUAUACGAUCACAUAUAUCUCUCUAUUACGCUUAGGAAUGCUUUGGAACAGAUUUCCAAAAUUAAAAUCACUUGGAGCUGAUUUGCAUAAAAUCACCCACGGGCCAAAUGCCAGUUGGGGAACCCUUUUAAAUUAAAUGUACACUAUAUAUGCAAAAGUAUGUGGACACCCCCUCAAAUUAGUGGAUUCGGCUAUUUCAGCCACAACCUUUGCUGACAGGUGUAUAAAAUCGAGCACACAGCCAUGCAAUCUCCAUAGACAAACAUUGGCAGUAAAAUGGCCUUACUGAAGAGCUCAGUGACUUUCAACAUGGCACCGUCAUAGGAUGCCACCUUUCCAACAAGUCAGUUCAUCAAAUUUCUCCCCUGCUAGAGCUGCCCCGGUCAACUAUAAGUGCUGUUAUUGUGAAGUGGAAACGUCUAGGAGCAACAACGGCUCAGCUGCGAAGUGGUAGGCCACACAAGCUCACAGAACGGGACUGCCGAGUGCUGAAGCGCUUAGCAAAACUCACUACCAAGUUCCAAACUGCCUCUGGAAGCAACGUCAGCACAAGAACUGUUCAUCGGGAGCUUCAUGAAAUGGGUUUCCAUGGCCGAGCAGCCGCACACAAGCCUAAGAUCACCAUGCGCAAUGCCAAGCGUCGGCUGGAGUGGUGUAAAGCUCGCCGCAAUUGGACUCUGGAGCAGUGGAAACGCGUUCUCUGGAGUGAUGAAUCACGCUUUACCAUCUGGCAUUCUGACGGACGAAUCUGGGUUUGGCGGAUGCCAGGAGAACGCUACCUGCCCCAAUGCAUAGUGCCAACUGUAAAGUUUGGGGGAGGAGGAAUAAUGGUCUGGGGGCUGUUUUCAUGGUUCGGGCUAGGCCCCAGAGUUCCAGUGAAAGGAAAUCAUAACGAUACAGCAUACAAUGACAUUCUAGACGAUUCUGUGCUUCCAACUUUGUGGCAACAGUUUGGGGAAGGCCCUUUCCUGUUUCAGCAUUACAAUGCCCCCGUGCGCAAAGCGAGGUCCAUACAGAAAUAGUUUGUCGAGAUCGGUGUGGAAGAAAUUGACUGGCCUGCACAGAGCCCUGACCUCAACCCCAUCGAACACCUUUGGGAUGAAUUGGAACGCCGACUGCGAGGCCAGGCCUAGUCGCCCAUCAUCAGUGCCCGACCUCACUAAUGCUCUUGUGGCUGAAUGGAAGCAAGUCCUUGCAGCAAUGUUCCAACAUCUAGUGGAAGGCCUUCCCAGAAGAGUGGAGGCUGUUAUAGCAGCAAAGGGGGACCAACUCCAUAUUAAUGCCCAUGAUUUUGGAAUGAGAUGGUGUCCACAUACUUUUGGUCAUGUAGUGUAUGUUACAAGGAUUCAUGCAAAUCCUGCACUGUAGCUAUUUCAUCAGGCAAAUUUAGCAUAGAGUGUGUUUGAUUUGUUAAGUACACACAUGCUAGCUUUCCAUUAGCAUCCACUUGCAAUCAUAUCCCCCAUUUCCCUGUUCGGUGCCUCCCUGAUGAUUAGAUAAGUGGUUGCUUACCACUCAAGUUGUACUCCCACCUUUCUUUUUUAAUUCGACAACCACUCAGUAACACUUCAAUACUAGAAUAUCUGAAGCCCCCCAGGUGUUGGUGGAAAUGGAAAUUGAACACAGCACAAGAAAAAACCUCACUAUUUCUGGGUGUUUACAAACCUUCCAUUUGAAUAUUAAUAACCUUAUCAUCCAUCAAAAUCUAGUCAGGCUCCCCAGCUUCUGUCGCCAAGGUUGCCGCCUCACACCCUGCUCGUGCCCUCCUGUUGUUGCAGUGUCUUCCUCAGACAGGCAGUUGCACCUGAGCGAUGGGUGUGACCCCUGACCUGCCAGACAUGCCUGCAACUUCAAUUUUCUGCCCCGCAAAGCUGUUGGGAUUCUGAAUAGGACGUGUCAACCUAAUCCACGCAGGGCUCAAGGGGCCCUCUCUCUCUCGGCUCGCUCAGCCUCAGAAACCAGCAGCCAGAGUCAAAAAUGGCUGGCGGCAUGUGUCCUUCUUACCCGUCUUUCUCUUUCAUUGGUUUCCGUUAGAGAAAGAAAGGCAACCUGCAUUCAGAGUAUAUUUUUAUUCUGUGCAGAAUGUGAGUGAGUGGUGGAGAGACUUUUGAGUUCUUAUUUGAAGUAGAGUCUGUUGUUGUUGCCUUUUGAUCAUCCAGUGAGAUCCACUUAAGGCUCCCGUCACAGGGAUAUGGCAUAUUGUAGCUGAUGGCUCGUCUAGUUUGGCCUCUGUACAUCAGAGCACUCACUUUGGCAUCUCCUCGUUUGCACUGAAAACCCCCCCACAAGAUUUAACUCCCAUGAUCAUCCCUUGACAAGUAAAUAAUCUUAGCAAAUUCAUACAUUACACUCAAUAAAAGCCACACUCAAUAAGGGGAAGUUAAUGUGUAGACCCCUUAAGACAUUUAGUAUUUGCAGUAAUGAGCUUUUAUGUGUUUUGUUAAUAGUAUACAUACAUUAAUAAUGAGUAAAGUAUCAAUACAUAAGGAUAAGUGCUGCCAUGAUGAGGCCAUAUAUGAUAGAUGAUAUCAGACUUGGGUUCCAAUUGUGCUUGAAAUCUUUCAAAUACUGAAGCUGUGCUUGAUUGAGCUUGCCAGGCACUAUGUUGUCCAUAAAGUGCAUGAUGUUUUCUCCUCUAGGGGCAUUGAACGCGUACCUACGGCAGAAGGGCCAGUCGGGCUCAGACAGUUCCUUGUGGACCUUGGUCGGGAACCAAGGGGACCGAUGGAAGCAAGCCAAAGUCAACAUCCACCCAAUAGCCUCUUUCCAGGUGGGUACAGCUCUUUGGGAGGAGCAGUGGGUCACCAAUGCAGAACUAUGGUGGCCCUAAGGUAAAAAGUACAAAACUACCUUCAUCUGUUGCUUCCCCUCUUAUGCCAUGUCUUAUAUAAACAUUUGUCUUAUAUAUUUUGCUACAGUAUAUGUUUCACAGAAUGAGCCAUUGAGUUAGUAGCAGUAAGACAUUUAAGCAGUUGGUGUUAACAAGUUUGGUUUUUGUCUGUCUUAUCCCAUUUUGGUAGUUGCUUCUGGAAGGAAUUCGUGGUCCGGGUAUAGAAGGGGAUAUCGCCAUAGAUGAUGUCACCAUUGAGGAAGGAGAAUGUAAAGACCCUCCACCCAACAGUAAGUGCUUUUUUUUGUUUUUACCUGGGAACCCAUGACAACCAUGGACCUAUACAUCAUCCAGAACCAAUCAACUAUGAAGAGGCAAGGCUUAUAACAUAUGCAUUUAUAUCAUUCCUCUUAGGAACUAUAAUUCAAGGACUGAGAGAGCUCUAUUGAGAGAGCUCUACUGUUAGCUCUCUCAGAUUUGCUCGCCAGUGAAAUUACAUUUUAGAGGGAAUGAUCGAACAGCUGCUUUGAAGUGUUAUGCAAGCCAGAAAAUGUUUUGGAAUGGCCUAGUCAAAGUCCAGACCUUAUCCCAAUUGAGAUGUUGUGGCAGGACUUGAAACGAGCAGUUCAUGCUUGAAAACCCACAAAUGUCACUGAGUUAAAGCAGUUCUGCAUGCAAGAGUGGGCCAAAAUCCCUCCACAGUGAUGUGAGAGACUGAUCAACAACUACAGGAAGCAUUUGGUUGUAGUCAUUGCAGCUAAAGGUGGCACAACCAGUUAUUGAGUGUUAAGAGGGCAAUUACUUUUCCACACAGGGGAAUUGGGUGUUGCAUCACUUUGUUAAUUAAAUAAAUAAAAUAAGUAUAUAAAUAUUUUGUUUGGGAACUCAGGUUCCCUUUAUCUAAUAUUAGGUUUUCUAAAGAUCUGAUAACAUUCAGUAUCCAAAAUAUGCAAAAAUAGAGAAAAUCAGAAAGGGGGCAAAUACUUUUUCACGGCACUGUACAUGCCAGAGGAGUCUCCUCCAGGGAGAAAGAGUACUCCUCAGAACAACUAAAACCUAUAAAAUAUAUUGAAAAGUAUUCCGUAAAUCAAAGAUAGAAUCGUACACGUUCCACACACAUUAUCCCAUUAGCUCAAUUAAAAAGUAUCAUGCUCCCUAGAUUAUCUAAAUCACCAGCUUUCUUUAUCUUUCUCUAUCCCUACAGAUCUAAGGUCACUGGCUCCUCCCACCACGCCCCAUAUAUGGCAGUUAUUGGUCACCCUGCCCCUGGUCUUUGUGGGCCUUCAGAGGUGACCCCUCUCUCCCAGGAGGAGCAACCUGACGUCGGCCCAACCCCCAUUGAAGAGUUUCCAGACUUGGACUGUCCAAACCCCCAAAACUACCAAAGAUGCACUCAUUUUCAGUCUGCAGGAGAGCAGCAGUCCAGCACUGGUCCAGGGUGGAGUAUGA